GUUAUAGCUGGUUUCGAGGCCCUCGUUCCACACCCUCGGCUUUCUUUGCGGAACUUGCACCGCGCAUUACCAAGUAUACACAGCCGUUUUGGGCCAGUCGCCGCACACACCAUCCAGAAUUCGGGGUUCGCCGUUAGUCGCAACCACGCCGCGAUGCGCCGUCCUCAUUAUUAUGGACGGUAAGAAUGGAGGUACUAGCACUAUUCCUGAACGGAAAAUAAAAAAGCGUGCUGGUCGAGCAUGUGCCUCUUGUCGAGCCCGCAAGGUCCGUUGCGAUGUGGUACGUAGUGGGACCCCCUGUACCAACUGCCGGUUGGAUUCGCUGGAGUGUGUUGUGCCGAAGAGUCGGCGCCACAAGGUUGCCAAAGCCACAAAGUCGAACAGCGCGCAGCUGAGCUCCAGUGCUGCUGCUGCUACUUCCAGGACAGAAAGUGUCAUUGUUCAGUCUCCGGCACCGGAUAUUCGUUUUGCAAAGAGCAUCCCACAGACAGACCGGGCUGACAGCUCGCACGAAUAUCGCCUCGAGCAUGAUUCCGAAGGCUUUCCGAUCCAGGUGGCCGACGGAGCCGCACCACAAUUGCACCUUUCAGGAACAGCGCCGGACAAUAUUGCUCGCAAUUCGUCCAUAGAAGUCCCGCACGGCGGCUGUGAGCGACUCAGCCACGCGGCCAGGACUCCUUCCAGUCUACCGUGCUUCAUCAAACCACUGCCUGAAGACUUGGACGAUGCGGACAUCCGUUAUCUUCACGACAAGAAUGCCUUUGAACUUCCUAGUCAGCCCUUCAUCCGAGAUUGUCUCGUGGGACACCUCGAAUUUGCCCAUCCACUGCUGCCUCUGCUGGACAAGAGUCAGAUAUUGUCAAUAAUAAACGGGCCACUUGGCGGUGAUGGAAUCGACGAUCGCGAGACAGGACAGUAUGCGCAGCCGCUGAGCUUUCUCCUGUUCCAUGCUGUAUUAUGUUCAGGGGUUGCUUUCGUCGAGACGGAGCGCAUUGUUGCUGAAGGGUUCGAGUCCAAACAAGCCGCGCGUCGUGCAUUUUUCAACCGAGCCAAGGUCCUCUUCGACUGUAAUGCGGAGCAAGACAGAUUUGCGGCAGUGCAAGCCUCGGUCUUGUUGAGCACGUGGUACCCGGGAAAGAAAGAAAAGAAGGAUUCAUGGUACUGGCUGGGAACCGCGGUAUCCCUUGCGUACUCAAUCGGACUGCACAUGGACCCGGACGAUGGCCGGUUUGAACCUCGAGAGCAGUAUCUGCGGCGUCGUUUGUGGUGGUCGGUUUUCGUGCGCGAAAAUAAGAUCGCCCUCGCAUUGGGCCGCCCGGCUCGCAUAAACUACUAUAACGUCAAUAUGCUCACACCUCAGGACUUUGAAGACGACGUUGUCAAUACAGUGGAUGAACUGGACAACGAGCUCAACGGAAGGAUUGUAGCUCCGCCUCCAACAGCGCAGGAGACACAUCGUGUCUCGCGUUUUCAAGGAGGGGCUGUGCCAGAUGACCAUUCAAUGCAGGAUACAUUAGCCAGGCUGUGUAUUGAACACGUCAAGCUCUGUGUGUGCAUAGCUGAUCUUGUCGCAACCAUCUUUAACUGUCGCCAGCAAGUCGAGAGCGGCGAAUGCGAUGAUCCUGAUGGACGGCCGCUUCCAUCCCCUUCCGCUCAGCUCAAAGAGUGCGCGCAGAACUUCGCCAGGUGGUACCAUGCAUUGCCGCCGGACCUUCGAUACGUGGCACAUGACACAAGCGCUCGAUCCAGCAAUGACCAUUCCAACGAGGAACAAGACGUAAUGUCCCAGCAGCAGUGUUGCAACCAAGAAGGCCAUAGGAGCUUGAUUGUCCAUAAAGCGACAGUCCAUGUCAGCUAUUAUGUGGCGAUCAGCGCCCUUUACCGCCUCAAAGCUCUCUCGCCCAACUCAACUUGGCGUGAUGACAGAAUGGGCGGCGGAGAGCCAAACGAUAUUCCGCAGCGCAUACUUCGGGAUGCUGCCUGGGAGCUCACCCGUGUCAACCAAGGCCUCUGUGACGCUGGGCUAAUACCAUACCUGUCAACCUCUGCUGUCGGCAGCGUGGUGGCUGCUGUUGUGAUACAUCUCCUAGAUGUCAAAGCGCCAAAUCCCUCAGUCCGGCGCGCUGCUGUGGAGGGCAUCCAACAAUGUCAACGAUUUCUGCUCAUCUUGCAAGAGGCCUAUGGCACCGCCGCAGAUGCGAUCGAAUAUCUGAGGGAAGCCAAUAAGGAGGAAGGUGUUGAAAUGUCCGCUUCUGAAGGAAACGGAGUCCGCGAUCGUCAGUAUGGGCGACCGGAGACAACGGUAGCAGGCUCGAAUCACCCGGUUUUCCAGGAACAGCAUCUUGCCGGAACACAAUCCACCGCCCACUGGCACGAGUUUGACCAUGGGAAGCACCGACACUCGCGUCGACAAUCGCUUAUUUCUGAAGCCUCCCACCAUACCUUACGGCACAAACCGCACCCUGAAGGAGGAUCGGUAACACUAAGUACCGAGGCGAGGGAGGAUAUUCAAUUUUCCUCUUUCCUGCCCAUACCACCAAUCCCAGAGUUCGACGAGAUGUAUUGGCAAUCUUAUGUAGAAGGGACGCCGAAUUUUGACCUUUUCGCUGGCUUCAACUUACCUCAGUUCGACCUGGGCGAAUCACCCAACGACUCUGGCGGCUUUAACAUUGGUGACAUCCUUUCAGAAUAUUGAAUCUGGCUCAAAGAGUCCUGUACCUGGUAUAUGCCAUCGAAGGCCUCCGCCGCAUUGAGAUGCCACUGGCUGACAGAGGAGCAAAGUAUGACAUGAAUUUUGCUUGGGCGGGCACCCCAGUUGUAUUACAUCUCUUUUAUCGCAUCCAAGGAUAUCCGAGAUCACAGCUUAAAAACGCAGCCCAUGACGUCGCCAAACUCGUUGGCAUUCAUUUUCUCCGAUCCAGCUCGUUUCCGAUUGACGGCCACAAGCGUCUUGAAUGCCUCAGACCAUGGAACGCUGGCGCCAUCACCGUCCUCGCUUUCUGGUGUGUCCAUCACGGUAGGGUUGCACAAGUC